AUGGCUGUAUUGCCGUCGGGUGUAACAGGACAACACCGCCGCUACAGAGCCGCCGAAGUGGUUGGAGCUGACAAGCAGCCAUCACUUCUGUCACGUCACCGCGGUCAAAGGUUCAGCGCAGUUCAUUGCAGAGGUUCUGAUAAAUUUCGGCCAGAAAUCGCGACCUUUCGCCUGAUUCGUCAUCUAGGGUCGCUCGGCUUAUCUCACGUCACGACUACUUGCCCUAGCCCAACACUGGAAUCACACCCAUCGGAUUUUACGCCUAUGGCUGAAUCGCCGGACGAGACGGACUCCAUGGGAGCACCUAGCGACGAUGGUCAACUCACAAUCCGCAUUCCGAAUCCGAAGGUCUACAUGGCUAGGCAAUCACAAUGGAAAGGUCGUAGAGGAAAACCUCGAGUGCUUCCUGCAUGUAACUAUUGCGUGUGGCCCAACGGGAAAGACUGCAAGUACACGCCCCUGCCGACACCUGCUCACCGAGGGAUCCCUAGAUGUGAUAGAUGCCGCAUCAAGAACCUCAAAUGCGACCGGAACCUGCCGGUGUGCAAUCACUGCGCGAGCGAGGAAGGCGCAGAAUGUAAUUAUACGCCCAAAAAGAGACAUAAGGUUCCCGAAGAGCACAUUGCUCUUCAAAAGGAAGGUUCGGCAUCUCCUUACGCCACAAAAUCUGCGUCUUUCCUUGUGUCCGACGUGCCACCGUCAGAUGAAUCCGGAGAGGCAGGCGAUCCUCUAGCCGAAAAGUCCUCCUUCCCCGCAAGAACCUAUCGAGAAUACGUCGGCGACGAACCGUCCUCAUCGCACAUCAAGGCAGAUCAAAGAGUCAACCAGCCAGAGCGUCCCCGUGUGGCUCCGGCUCCGGCUCGCAAGGCAGACCGCCCAGUACAGCCGGCGUGGAUGAGUAAAUCGAACCUGCCACCUCUCGCUCCGAAGACGAGCCUCCACGACCAAUCCUCCUCCUCUUCGUCCUGCUUCUUGGACCAGCGCACAAUGCUCCUGCCGACCCGCAUCGAACCCUGGACCAACCCAGAAUUUUCUCCGCUGCCAGACUCAGUCCUCCGACACCUUCGAACGGCGAAUGCGAUGGAGAUGCCCACCCGCCAGAAUUUCGAAGAGGCACUGGCGACCUACCUGAAGGACCUGGCUCCAGAGCUGAAGGAGACGGCCGCGCUUCCGCCGGACGUCUACGCCGAGCUUGCCCGCGCCGUAUCGAAGGGCGACGUCUCGACAUUAUCGCCUCGCCGCCUGAUGUGGACGGAAAUUCACCACAUUCGCAGUGGCUCCGAUAAACACCACCUUCUCCUACUUCCUCGAGACCCGUAUUUCCAGAUGGACCGCGCCGACGAAGAGAAACUCCGUCUGGAGUAUGUGGCACGCAUGGAUGGGACGGUGGAUUCCGUAGAGCAGGGCCGUAGCCGCCCUUCCAAUGGAAAGGAACCGGCAGACGGAGGCUUCCAGUCCUUGGAAUGGACUAUGGCCUUCGAGCGAGUGCCUGUGCAGACGCAGAUAUACGAUAUUCUCGUGUAUGCGCAUCGCAGCCACGGCUCGUCAUCAUCCAUGCUCUUCGAGGUGCGACGUGUCGGGGUGGCAACCAUCACCUGGCCGAUGGUAGAGAUAUUCACAAGACUCUGCCCUCUCUGCAACCUCCGUGCUAAGACCGGAGGUGUACCUUUGGGCGAAAGCUCCGGGGUCAAGCGAUAG